AUGGUGCGAGGUGCGAUGCUAUUUCUGCCAUUCAUUGCAAUAUGUUCGUUCACAUUGCGCACGACGUGUCACGCCCGGGAGCUGAUCAGUGCGGAAUCGCGUGUCAGCCGGCGCGAUGUGCGAGGUACGAGCGAUGACCAUCAUUUAGAGCCCACCGUGGCGUCGCCGACGAUCGCAGAGACGGACGAUGUCGACCUGGAGACGGCAGCGACCGGGCAUAAGGGUCAUCACCACGAGUCCGGUGGCGGUCACAAACACGAGUCUCACCAUUACGAGGAUCACGGCGGGAAGGGCGAAAAAGGAUACAAGAGCCACCAUCAUCACGACAAAGGCGAUAGCAGUAAGCACGAUGAAGAGCAUCAUUCCGGUCAUCACGAGCACCAUGGCGGCAAGAAGAAGGGCCAUCAUGACGAGCAUGAGAAAUAUGGCGAGCAUCACGAGGGCGAAAAGGGUCACAAGGGCGGUAAGUUUGGUGAGAAAAAGGGGCACAAGAAGGGCCACAAGACCAAGGGCUAUCACAACAAAUUUCACAAGGAUGAAUAUCAUAAAGAACACAAGUUCUACGACGAUUAUCAUAAGGGCGGGCACCACGAGAAGCACGGUGACUUCCACGGUCAUCACGAGAAGAAGGAAGGUCAUCAUAAGAAGGGCGGUCAUCAUCAUUCCGGUUAUCAUGAGGAUCAUCACGGUAAGAAGGGCCACCACGACAAAGGUCAUCACGACGAGGAGCACAAGGGCCACCACGGCAAGCACGGACACGAGGAGCACCAUUCCCAUCACGACUCACACGGCAAGAAAGGCGAUCAUCAUUCCGGAAAGAAGUACGGUUAUAAGAAGGGACAUUAG